GAGGGCCAUGGCGGCGGGGGAGCGGCGGCCAUUGCGGCUCCUGGGCCUGGCGGGGUUCCGGCAGAGCCAGGAGGCCUUCCGACGGAAGACCGGGGCGCUGAGGAAGGCCCUGAGGGGCCGGGCACACCUCUUCUGCCUCAGCGGACCCCACCCCCUACCCCGGACACACACGGAUCCCGGACCCCCGGAAGAAGAGCCACGCGGCUGGUGGUUCUCGGAGCCAGAGGCGGCCACGUUUUCGGCCCUGGAGGAGCCGUCGGCCUGCCGGGGCCUGGAGGAGGCACUGGAGACGGUGCGGGCGGCGCUGCGGCAGCACGGCCCCUUCGACGGGCUCCUGGGCUUCAGCCAGGGGGCGGCCCUAGCAGCCCUCGUCUGCGCCCUGGGCCAGGCCGGAGACCCCCGCUUCCCGCCGCCCCGUUUCGUCAUCCUGGUCUCCGGCUUUCGGCCCCGUGGCGACCGGCUGUCCCCGCCCCUCCUGCGGGCCCCCGUGGAGCUGCCUUCGCUGCACGUCCUGGGCGAGGCCGACCGGGUCAUCCCCGCCCGGGAGAGCCGAGAACUGGCCGCCUGCUUCCCGGGAGCCGUCUGCCUGGUCCAUCCCGGGGGCCACUUCGUGCCCGCGGCCGCGCCCCAACGGCAGGUCUACCUCAACUUCCUGGACCAGUUUGUGGACUGACGGGAGCGUGGGGGAGGCCCCGCUCCCUUGCCCAGCCCCAAGCCAAGCAGAUGCUCUGAACCGCCCCUCCUCAGAGCCCCACCUUGGUGAUC